AGAAAAUAUGCUGAUUUCUUUUUGUGUUUUAUGUUUCAGAGGAUGGGGAAAUUGAAGCAAUAGUUGUUCCUGUCUGUUUAGCAUUUCUGCUAUUUACUUUAUUGGGUGUGUUAUUUUGCUUCAACAAACGAGAUAUGAUUAAGAAACACAUCUGGCCUAAUGUGCCUGAUCCUUCAAAGAGUGUGAUUGCUCAGUGGUCACCACAAACACCAGCUAAGCAUUUUAAUUCAAAAGAGGAGAUCUAUCCAGAGGGCAGUUUUACUGAUGUCAGUGUUGUAGAAAUUGAAGCUGAGGACAAGAAAUCCCUUUCAGAACAAGAUCUGAAGCCUUUUGACUUGCUUAGAAAAGAGAAGAAUGCCUCAGAAGGUCACAGCAGUGGUAUAGGAGGUUCAUCCUGCAUGUCUUCUCCUCGACAAAGUGUUUCGGAUAGUGACGAAGGGGAACCUGCUCAGAACACUUCCAGCACUGUGCAGUACUCAACUGUAAUACCCAGUGGCUAUCGGGAUCAGAUACCUUCAGUGCAAGUCUUUGCCAGGUCUGAAUCUACACAACCUCUCUUAGAUUCAGAAGAGAGACCAGAGGAUCAACAGAUGCUUGGAAAUGACAGCUCAACACCCAAGCAUCGCUAUUUCAAACAAAAUGGUAGCUGGGAUGACACAGCCACAGAUUUUGAAAAAGCGAAGCAGAUUUCUCCAAUAAGUGAGGAAGAUACUGCUGGGCUUUCAGCAUCACAAAUGGGUGGAUCUGGCCCAGAAACAGAUGAACAGGGAAUGGUCUUAGUAGGCACAUUUGCUCCCAGCCUAAUGGAACAGGCUGCACAGCUUGAAAAUAACACAAUAGAUGUAACAAAUGAAGAGAUGUCCAAAAGCUACCUUCCACAGACUGUAAGGCAGGGUGGUUAUAUGCCCCAGUGAAAAGAAGAGAGACUGUUAUGCCAUUGUACUGAUAAGUUGAAUUGUUUUUAAAAUCUUGCUUCAGGUGAAAAAUCAAGCUCAUUUAUGGAAGCCAAUGUGGACAACAUGGGAUUUCGGAAAUUUGAAUAGACUUUUAAUUGGAAAUUUCCAGACUUACACUGAAUUUUUCCUUCAAGCACUACAUAUAUUCAACUUUGGAGACAUGUUUAUUACAUUUCAGUUUUGUCCUGGGCAUUCCACUUUGUUUUUAAUGUAGCAUAUAAGGCUUCAUUCAUUUUCAUAAAGAUAUAGGCCAGGAGUUGAUGAUUGCGAAUACUUCCCUGCAGUUAAGACUAUAAGAGGUUAAACAGUACGUUAUGAAUGUUCCAUUUGUGAUAAUCUAGCACCAACUUUUCAAAAAUAGUGUUUUAACUACAGUGAGAGUUAUCCAGAGGUAAACAAUUUACUGCCUAUCUGGUCAAAUGUAAUUGCUUAAGGCAGAAUAUAAACAUUUCAUGGUUCUUAACAUAUCCCCAUAAUUAACUAACUAGAAAUGUUUCAUUUGCUUGGGGGCCUUCUCUGCCCCUAGCAUGCUGCUUGUGUCAGCUGCAUUAAUUGAAUGCAUUAUUUACCAGCUAUUUGAAUUAUGAUUAUGUCAAAAUGUUGACUGCCAAUAUUUCAUGUUGACUUUUGACUGCCAGUAUUUCAUGCCUUUUGUAUCUUGCAAUUUGAGCCAUAUCUACAGAAAUGUAAAUACUAUAUUUGGGACUCAAUCCUAUAAAGUUAAA